GGCGGGUUUCGCUGAUACUCAUUAUUGUUAUUUUUGACAGAGAGAAAUUUCUCAGUUACGCUUCAUCCUCCUCUAAGAGAUCUUUUUUCUAUCUUGGGUAGUAGAGAGAAAUGGCGGGUCGGGGAAAACAACUUGGAUCUGGUGCAGCGAAGAAGUCUACUUCUCGUAGUAGCAAGGCUGGGCUUCAAUUCCCUGUUGGUCGUAUCGCUCGAUUUUUGAAAGCCGGUAAGUACGCCGAGCGUGUUGGUGCCGGAGCUCCGGUCUAUCUCGCCGCCGUUCUUGAAUACCUCGCCGCUGAGGUACUUGAGCUUGCUGGGAACGCAGCGAGAGACAACAAGAAGACCCGUAUAGUUCCACGACACAUUCAGCUUGCUGUGAGGAAUGAUGAGGAGCUAAGCAAGUUGCUUGGAGAUGUGACAAUUGCUAAUGGAGGAGUGAUGCCUAACAUCCACAAUCUCCUUCUCCCCAAGAAGGCUGGUUCAUCUAAGCCUACUGAAGAAGAUUAGGUUCAUUACGAAGAUAGGGAAAGCUGGAAACUGGUUGAUAUCAGAUAAUGCUUAGGAUUGUUUUUUUUUUCAUUUGCUUUUCCUCUGCAGCAAUGGAAGCUGUGUGGUUGUACUAGUUGUUAAGGUUACCUUUGUUUCACUUUAUGUGAAUAUAUGAAGAAAUUGUUCUAUUUCAGUCUUGACUCCACUUCUUUAGCAUUGUUCACUGAUUCAUUUGUUGUUCCUGAAAGUCAAUUUAAAUUCCUUCGAUAAGCUACACGAAACUGCACACAUAGUCAC